AUGGACAAUCGAGGUGCUGAAGGAAGGAUACAAGAUCCCCUUCCUAAGGAAGCCCCCUCUUUCGUCAGAACCGUUAGAGUUGACAGCCACUUAUUCAGGAAACAAAGCAACAGCUCUGCAGGAGCAAGUCGAUCAGAUGCUGUCAAAAGUGGCGAUAGAAAUAGUAGAGAACACCUCUUCGGAGGGAUUUUACAACAGGCUAUUUCUGGUACCAAAGAACUCGGGGGGGUGGAGACCCGUGCUGGACGUAAGUCCUCUGAACAAAUUCGUAAGCAAAGUCAAGUUUGCUAUGGAGACAGCAGCGUCAGUCCUAGCAGGCACCAGACAGGGGGACUGGAUGGUGUUGAUAGACCUGCAGGACGCUUAUUUCCACGUCCCAAUCCACCCGGAUUACAGGAAAUACCUGAGAUUUGUUCAUCGGUCAAAAACGUAUCAGUUCAGAGCACUUUGUUUUGGACUAAACACGGCUCCUUACGUUUUCACUCGAGUGGUGUGGAACGUAUCCCGGUGGUUACAUCUGGAAGGGGUACGGAUUUCGAUGUACCUGGACGACUGGAUAAUCAGAGCCAAGUCGCAAGUAAAGUGUCUGGAGGACCUACAAGUAACUAUGACGUUAACACAACAGUUGGGGCUGUUAGUAAACCUAGACAAAUCACAACUGACUCCUUCACAAGACAUCAUCUACCUGGGGAUGAGGAUUCAGUCAGUGGUUUUUCGGGCUUUUCCAGCCCCGAAUCGCAUUCUAGAGUGCUUAAGAAAGGUGAAGCUCUUCCUAGGGAGAUGGACCUGCUCGGCGAGGGAAUGGACGAGUCUGCUGGGGACCCUCUCCUCGAUCGAGCAAUUCGUCUCCCUGGGAAGACUACACCUUCGUCCACUUCAGUUUCAUCUAGCAAGUUACUGGACGAGAGACCAAGACCUCGAGACAUGGAUUCCGAUUCCUCGGGGAAUCAAGGAUCAUUUGAGUUGGUGGGAAGAUCCCAAAAAACUUCAAGAGGGCCUCGAACUUCAACAGAAAAACCCCGAUCUAGUGUUGUAUUCAGACGCAUCGGACGUGGGAUGGGGUGCAACGCUGGGGAAGGACGAGAUCUCUGGUCUAUGGCAAGAUCAUCAAAAAGAAUGGCAUAUCAAUAUGAAGGAGCUGACGGCCAUUCAUCUAGCCCUUCUGCACUUCCAGGAGGAAGUCAAGAACAAGGUAGUUCAGGUCAAUGCGGACAACACCACGGCGUUGGCCUACAUAAAGAAACAGUGAGGCACUCGUUCGGACUCCCUUUACGAGACAGCAAAGGAUCUCUUAUUGUGGGCGAAAGAGAGGAACAUUACGCUUCUAACUCACUUCAUAGAAGGAGAGAAGAACGUCAGGGCGGAUCUCCUCAGCAGAGAAAGACAGGUUCUCACGACGGAGCGGACCCUGCAUCACGAGGUAUGCAACAGGCUUUGGGAACUAUGGGGAGAACCGACAAUAGACCUCUUUGCGACGCAGAAGACAAAGAGGCUACCUGUUUAUUGCUCACCAAUCCCAGACCAGGAAGCAGUGGCAGUGGACACUUUCCUCAUGGAUUGGGAAAGACUAAACGCGUACGCCUUCCCCCCAUUCAAGAUCCUAGACAGAGUCCUGAAAAAGUUCAGGGAAUCGGUCAACGCCCGGAUGAUAUUAAUAGCUCCGUUUUGGCCAAUGAGACCCUGGAUCACGGAGGUGAUGGAAUGGCUGGUAGACACCCCCAGAUCGUUGCCCUGUCGGAGCGAUCUACUCAAACAGCCACACUUAGAGAGAUACCAUCAAAAUCUCCUCGCUCUCAAUCUAACUGCCUUUUUACUAUCGAAAAACUGGCAAGAGCAAAGGGCUUUUCGAGGGAAGCUGCGAGAGCAAUCGCAAGAGCGAGGAGGACGUCCACGAUCAAAUUAUAUCAAUCUAAGUGGGACGUCUUUAGAGAAUGGUGCAGGAUUAGAAACAUUUCCUCUUCCAAUACCUCUAUAAUUCAAAUAGCAGACUUUUUGUUACUUCUAAGAAGCCAACAGAAACUAGCGGUUUCUACCAUCAAAGGAUACCGCAGUAUGCUAACAUCCAUUUUCCGUCAUAGGAACAUUGACGUAUCAGGAAACAAGGAUCUCUCGGACCUCAUAAGGUCUUUCGAGACAGCUAAAAGGAAGGACAAUCCAACCCCCUCUUGGAAUUUGGAUGUUGUCCUGUCAUUUUUAACUUCGAGUAGGUUCGAACCCCUCGACAAGGCGUCAUGGAAGGACCUCACCAAGAAGACUCUAUUCCUGGUUGCAUUGGCAACAGCCAAGAGAAUUGGAGAGCUGCAAGCCUUUAGCAAGAAUGUAGGCUUCAGUGGGGAGAAUGCAGUCUGCUCGCUGCAACUAGGUUUUCUCGCCAAAAAUGAGAAUCCUUCUCAUCCAUGGCCUAGAUCCUUUACCAUCCCGGGAUUGUCUCAUUUAGUAGGACAGGAAAAGGAGAGAGGACUUUGUCCAGUGAGAGCCCUAAAAUUUUAUUUACAGAAAACCAAACACUUAAGAGGACAGACGGACAAUCUCUGGUGUUCGGUAAAAAAGCCUUCACUACCUUUGUCGAAGAACGCACUGGCGUUCUUUAUCAAAGACUUGAUAAGGGAAGCUCACCAGAACUGUGAUGAGAAAAGCUUCCCAAUCCUCAAAGUCAAGGCGCACGAAGUAAGAGCUGUGGUGACUUCGAUGGCGUAUCGACACAACAAGUCGAUGAAGGCUAUUUUAGAAGCGACUUUUUGGAGAAGCAAGUCGAUCUUCGCAGAUUGCUACCUCAAAGAGGUACAGACCCAAUAUGAAGAUUGUUGCUCCCUGGGUCCGUAUGUUGCCUCCGGCGCCGUAGUUGGAGAAGGUGCUACUGCCUCUAACCCAUAA